AUGCGUUUACCCACCAAGUUUUCGGCGCUGUUACCUCUUCUUAAGGUUACUGACUUAGAGUCUCCUUACUUAGAUGGCAGUUUUGAGUCAGCAGGCGUUAGAGCUCCGCCCAAGCCCAACAACCAGCCUCUGUUCCUCCUCCAGCUAGACGAACUAAGGCCCAAAAGACUAACGCCUUCCUAUUUAUUCCCAAAGGGGACUUGUACAGAAUGUCGGUUUGCGACAUUCUUCUCGCUGAUUGGCGACCGGUUGUUCGCAGACGGAGAGAUAGUCGCGACCAACGAGGGUACGACAUACCAGUCGCUCCUCGAGACACCGAGCAUCAGAGCCAUCGACCAUGGGUUCUCGCUCGAAGAUGGCAUUCUUCAGUGGCGGCAUCCGAGCUUUGCUAGUGGAAAAGCCAGCUUUUGCUUGUCGGCGUCGAACAAGGUCCUGGCUGUGUUCAACGAAUCAAGCACUCCGACUGACUGUGCGCCGGCAAACCUCGUCAAUGUUCCAUACACCCAGUGUUUCCCAUCGGUCGAACCGAUUAAUGUAUUAGUGAUGGAUGACGAUACUAGGCCUGCUCAACAAGCUGCAGGAGGCGUAAGUAAUACAGACAGCCCUGCCGGGCCGAAGUGGCUGGAUACCAGACCAGAUAUCACCAAUCAUGAUUAUGGCAGAGCUUCCGUUGGGACAUAUGGUAGAACUUCAGUUGGGAUAGACCAACCAAGUCCUCUGGCUCCUAUUGAUCGGGCCAGCUACGACUAUAAUACUCGAUGGCCGGGUUCCAUCACACCCCUAAGCUCCGUUGGCUACGGGGGUAACCACAUAUAUCAUGAAGCCGCUUCGGGUCCUAUAGUGCCCUCAGGUCCCGCAGGGCCUCUAGCCUCUAUUGAUCGGACCAGCUACAACUACAAUACCCGACGACCGGGUUUCACAACACCCCCGAGCUCCAUUGGCUACGGGAAUAGCCACAACCAUCAUGAUGUCGCUUCAAGUCCUAUAGGACCCUCAGGUCCGGCAGGGCCCCCUGGAUCUAAUGGACGGGACGGUAGGGAUGGGAAAGAUGGCGACGAUGGGAAAGAUGGUGAUAAAGAUGAUGAUGGUAGGGAUGGGAGAGAUGGGAGAAAUGGCAACAAUGGGAAAGAUGGUGAUAAUGGGAAAGAUGGUGAUAAUGGGAAAGAUGGUGAUAAUGGGAGGGAUGGUGAUAAUGGGAGGGAUGGCGACGAUGGGAGAGAUGGUAAUGAUGGGAGAGAUGGUAAUGAUGGGAGGGAUGGCAGGGAUGGCAGGGAUGGUAUUCAGGGUCCUCCUGGGCCCCCUGGUCCACCCGGGCUCCCAGGUACUAACGGAUUGAAUGGUGAGCCUGGGCCAAUGGGUCCUGAAGGACCCGCCGGUGCCGAAGGUGCCACUGGGCCGCAGGGUCUACCGGGUGCUCAGGGUCCCCAAGGUCUUCAGGGUUUUCAGGGUUUUCAGGGUCUACCGGGUCCUGCUGGUGCCACUGGUCCUGCCGGUGCCGCUGGGCCUCAAGGUCUACCGGGCCCUCCGGGUGCUCAGGGUCUCCAAGGUCUCCAAGGUCUCCAAGGUCUCCAAGGUCUACCGGGUCCUGCCGGCGCUGCUGGUCCUGCUGGUGCCGCUGGUCCUGAAGGACCCGAAGGUGCUGCUGGGCCUCAGGGUCUACCGGGUGCUCAGGGUCCCCAAGGCCUUCAAGGUCUACCAGGUCCUCAAGGUGCCACUGGUGCCGAAGGUGCUACUGGACCUCAAGGUCCUAUCGGUCCCCAAGGCCCCCCUGGUCCCGGGUCAGCGGGUUUCACGGACCAGUACGGUUACCUCGGCUGCUAUAUCGCGAGUAACGAUGGCACGUACGGCCUAACUCCAUACGCUUCACAGCAGGUUCUCACAACCUCGAUCGACGACUGCGCCAAUAUCUGCUAUAGUUUGCCGUCGGGCCCAACACUGUACUUCACUCUGGGAACUGACACGACUACAGGCGACUCCAUCUGCACUUGUGGUGAUAUCCUUGUUGCUUAUAACUACCCAAAUACGGGGCUCGAUUUUCAAUGCAAUACGCAAUGCAACUUCCCGGACGAUCCGACAACAGAACAAUACUGCGGCGGAACGUAUGCUGGGAUUCCUACUGUUUCUCUUUUCGGUGCUAUAUAA